GCCUCGCGCAGGCGUGGAACACCAAGAAGCGGCCGCUCUACCGCGUCUGCGCAGGCGCGACGUCCGCCGCUUGCUCCAAACGUGAGGGUGGGAGGGCGAGAGUGAGAGGGCGCCAGUGAGACCCCGGCGCUAGGCGCCUGCGACCCUAGGCUCGCGGCAGGCGGCGCGCCGCCCCGCCCUGCCCGUGCCGCCCCGCCUCCGGCGCGCGCCGAGCCGCGCCCUGCUCGUUCUCUCCUUCCGUGCGCCGCUCGGAGAGCCUGAGGGGCGGCGCCUUCUGCGGCCUGCCGGGCUGGGGGAUGUGAGGAGCCGCCCGCGGCCAUGGAGACGGGCCCGGCGCCCCUGGUGGCCCCGCCGCGCCGUCAUGGCGCCGCCGCGGCCCCCUCGCCACCGCCCCGGAGCUCCCGGGCCGGGCCCAUGGUGGUGAUGGCUCCAGGACCGCCGGUGACCACGGCCACCUCGGCCCCGGUCACCCUGGCAGCCCUCGGGGAGGCGCGGGCCGCCCGGGGUUCGGGACCGGUCGACGCGUGCAGCACUGAAGAGAAGACUCCGGAGGCCUCGUCCGAAGCCCCGACGACACAGGUCGCCCCUAUCCCGGAGCCUGUCUCGCCGGCGGCGGUGGCCUUGGGGGCAGACUCUGCGAAGCCCGAGGAGGCAAGAAUGUCCCCUGUCCCGGGACCCGGGACGCCCGCCGGAACCCCUACUAGGACGCCUUCCAGAAUGGCACCUGGGGCCCUGGCCGCCAAACCUCCGCUCGCCCCCAAGCCUGGAACCGCAGCGGCCUCAGGAGUGACUGUACGGGCUGCAGCAGGACAGGUGACUAGUGGACCUGGAACUGUAACAGCCACAUCAGUAUCAGCAGGACAGGCUGCCGAGGACCCCUCAGGGCCCAGCACGGGAGCUUCGGGGACAUGUGAGGCUCCGGUAGCUGUCGUGACGGUGACCCCAGCCCCGGAGCCUACUGAAAACUCUCAAGACCUGGGCUCCAUGUCCAGCCUGGGACCUGGUAUCUCUGGGCCUCGAGGGCAGGCCCCAGACACUCUGAGCUACUUGGACUCAGUGAGCCUCAUGUCUGGGACCUUGGAGUCCUUGGCGGAUGAUGUGAGCUCCAUGGGCUCAGACUCAGAGAUAAACGGGCUGGCCCUGCGCAAGACGGACAAGUAUGGCUUCCUUGGGGGCAGCCAGUAUUCGGGCAGCCUAGAGAGCUCCAUUCCUGUGGAUGUGGCUCGGCAGCGAGAGCUCAAGUGGCUAGAGAUGUUCAAUAACUGGGAUAAGUGGCUGUCACGACGUUUCCAGAAGGUAAAGCUACGCUGCCGGAAAGGGAUCCCCUCAUCCCUCAGAGCCAAGGCCUGGCAGUACCUGUCUAAUAGCAAGGAACUUCUGGAGCAAAAUCCUGGCAAGUUUGAGGAGCUGGAACGGGCUCCUGGGGAUCCCAAGUGGCUAGAUGUGAUUGAGAAGGACCUGCACCGCCAAUUCCCUUUCCAUGAGAUGUUUGCUGCUCGAGGAGGGCAUGGGCAGCAGGACCUGUACCGCAUCCUGAAGGCCUACACCAUCUACCGGCCUGAUGAGGGCUACUGCCAGGCCCAGGCCCCAGUGGCCGCAGUGCUGCUCAUGCACAUGCCUGCUGAGCAAGCCUUUUGGUGCCUGGUACAGAUCUGUGACAAGUACCUCCCAGGUUACUACAGUGCAGGGCUGGAGGCCAUUCAGCUGGAUGGAGAAAUCUUCUUUUCACUCUUGCGCCGCGCUUCCCCGCUCGCACAUCGGCACCUGCGGCGGCAGCGCAUCGACCCUGUGCUCUACAUGACGGAAUGGUUCAUGUGCAUCUUUGCCCGCACCCUGCCCUGGGCCUCGGUGCUGCGUGUCUGGGAUAUGUUUUUCUGUGAAGGUGUUAAGAUUAUCUUCAGGGUGGCUCUGGUCUUGCUGCGACACACACUGGGGUCAGUGGAGAAGCUGCGUUCCUGCCAAGGCAUGUAUGAAACCAUGGAGCAGCUGCGAAACCUGCCCCAACAGUGCAUGCAGGAGGACUUCCUGGUACAUGAGGUAACCAACCUUCCAGUGACAGAGGCCCUGAUUGAGCGGGAAAAUGCAGCCCAGCUAAAGAAGUGGCGGGAAACCCGAGGAGAACUACAGUAUCGGCCCUCACGGCGACUGCAUGGUUCUCGGGCUAUUCAUGAAGAGCGAAGGCGGCAGCAGCCACCCCUAGGCCCCUCCUCCAGCCUUCUCAGCCUCUCUGGGCUUAAAAGCCGAAGCUCUCGAGGGAUCCCUUCCCCACCCCCUCCUACCCGCAGAGCCAGUGCUGGUCCUGCUCCAGGGCCCAUGGUCACUGCUGAGGGACUGCACCCAUCCCUUCCCUCACCAACUGGCAACAGCACCCCUCUGGGUUCCAGCAAGGAGACCCGGCGGCAGGAGAAGGAGCGGCAGAAACAGGAGAAAGAGCGGGUAAAGGAACGGCAGAAACAGGAGAAAGAGUGGGAGAGGCAAGAGAAAGAACGGCAGAAGUGGGAAAAAGAACAAGAGAAAGAACAGCAGAAGCAGGAGAAGGAGCGGCAGAAGCAAGAGAAGGAGCGGCAGAAGCAGGAGAAGAAGGGGCAAGGCCGGAAGCUCUCCUUGCGUCGAAAGGCAGAUGGGCCUCCAGCGCCCCACGAUGGUGGGGACAGGUCCUCAGCAGCUGAGGCCCGGCAGGACGCUUACUUCUGACCUCAGCCUGGGGCUGGACUACAUGGUCUCCUCUUUGCCCUCAGCCAAGAGCAGGCCUGGCCCAGGGUGCUCCCUGGCAGCUGCCGUCCCUCUCUCUGAGAAAAGCAGCCCAAUUCCCCAUCUCCUUGCCAGCUGCUGCUCCCUACACAGUCAGGACAGCCACAGGGGCAUGGGCAGCUGUGACUGACUCUGGAGCCUCUUGCCUCCAAUUAGGCUGAGGUCUCGUAUUCCUGCCAGUUCUCACUGGCGUCCCCUCCUAGAUGCUGUCCUGAUUGGCCUCAUCACCAGGUGACUCUUGGCAAUGGGCAAUUUGCAGAUUCUUACACUCCAGUGGUUCCCCUAUCCACAAGUGGAGCUAGGUUCCUUUUCCCUUCUUCAGUCCUUCCUGCCCCUGUCCCUCUGAGGGCUAAGGCUUUCCUUGACCUACUUCUGGACAUCUCUGUGUUGUAAUUAUGUACAGAGGACCAGGCUGGCCCUUGGUGGGAGUGCUUGCUCUGUUGUCUGUCUUGGUUCUCCUUUCAGUGUUCCUGCACUCCAGUUUAUUUAAGGGGACAUGCACUGAAAUAGGAAAUGUGCCCCACUUCCUUUCCCAUCCUCUGGUCUCCUUGCUCAUCCAUCUUGCUCUGUAUUCUCAGGCUGCCUCUGCUUUGUCUCACCAAGACCCUUACCUUUCAUCUUGUUCCCUUCCAACCCUCAGGCCCCUCUCUGAGUAAGGAGUCUUCUCUUGAGCUUCAGGGGGUGGCACUCAAUGUUUACAUUCUCUUCUGUCUCAGCCCCCAUCCCUUGUGGCGCUUUGAGGAACCGGAAAAAGAACCUGCUGUUGUAUCUGG